AUGUGGAGUCCCCAACCUGAGGCUCUUUUGCAAUUGGGGUCUCUUUUGAAAAGCUCAAUGGCCCAAAACCAUGAUGAGCGAACUCAAGCUAUGGAAGCCCUAAAGACAUUCCAGUUACAGCCAGAAUUUCUGAACUACCUGUGUUAUAUGCUUAUAGAAGGAGAAUCGGAUGAAGUGCUCAAAUCCCAUUUCUCGCCGCAAGACUUACAAACCAAUAGGGCGACUUGUGGGCUCUUAUUGAAAAAUAACAUGUUAGAGCAAGGCAGUUUAACACAUGGGAAUCACGACCUUCAGUACGUCAAAGCCAAUAUCAUACAUGGUCUUUACAACACUGGUAAUCAUCUAGUCUCUAAUGUUACUGGUAUUGUCAUCACUACCUUGUUUUCCACCUAUUACAGGCAACAUAGAGAAGAUCCCAUGGGUAUUGAGCUGUUAUCGCAGUUACUUGAAUUGGCAGCAAAUGGAAAUGAACCUAGUAUAAAGGCUCUUUCGAAGAUAAUGGAGGAUAGUGCGCAAUUUUUCCAAUUAAAAUGGAGCGGCGAUAUCAGACCGAUCGACCUGUUGAUUGACACCUUUUUGAAAUUCAUAUCGAGUCCCUCAUCAAAACCAGUGAUUAGAUCAGAGUCCAUUAAAUGCAUAAAUACCAUAAUACCUUUACAAUCGCAAAGCUUUAUCGUAAGAUUAGAUGAAUUCUUAGCAAGUAUAUUUCAAUUGGCUCAGUCCGAUGAGAGCGAAUUGACUAGGGCACAGAUAUGUGUUUCAUUCUCUAUUUUGCUUAACUACAGGCCGGAUAAACUUGUCGAUCAUCUUUCAGGUAUCAUUCAGUUCAUGCUUCAUCUGAUAGGAGCUGUAAAUGACGAGACUGUCGCGAUCGAAGCAUGUGAGUUCUUACACGGAUUUUCCACGAACAACCAAAUACCAGCUCAUGUUGUAGAACCCUUUGUUGCAGAUAUCAUUCCAGUCUUACUGGCCAAGAUGGUUUAUAAUGAGGAGUCUAUCGUGAUGUUAGAAGCAUCAAAUGAAGAUGACGCUCUUGAAGAAGAUAAGGACGAAGACAUUAAACCUGCUGCACCCCGCAUAGUUAAGAAGAGAGAUGAAGAACAGAGUGACGAUGAAGACGAUGAAGACGAUGAGGCAGGUGAUGUUGAUACCCAAUGGAAUCUGAGAAAAUGUUCUGCUGCAACUUUAGACGCAUUGACCAACAGUUUGCCAAGAGAGGUAAUGAUGACAGCGUUCCCUCUGCUAAGAGAACAUAUGACCUCAGGCAGAUGGUUUAUAAGAGAAGCUACAGUUUUGGCACUUGGAGCCAUGGCAGAAGGUGGUAUGAAGUAUUUCGAAGAUCAGCUUUCUACCUUGAUUCCAUUUCUUGUUGAACUUUUGAAGGACUUUUGGGCACCUGUUAGAAAAAUCACAUGUUGGACUUUAAGCCGAUUCUCAAUAUGGAUUCUCAAAGAUCACACAGAGUUUUUGAUACCUGUUUUAGAACCAAUCGUCAACACCUUGAUGGAUAGAAAGAAGGAUGUUCAAGAAGCCGCUAUUAGUAGUGUAGCAGUUUUCAUCGAAAACUGUGACGCUGAACUAGUGGAAACUUUGCUUUACAAUGAUCUGUUAAACAGCUUCAACAAGUGUUUCGAGUUUUACAAGAAAAAAAACCUUAUCAUUUUGUAUGAUGCUGUUGGCCGAUUUGCGGAGAAAUGCGAAUUAGAUGAUCACGCAAUGCAAGUACUACUCCCACAUUUAAUUUCAAAAUGGUCCUCUUUACCAGAUGAUGACAAAGAGCUGUGGCCACUGCUAGAAUGUCUUUCCUACGUGGCAACAUCUCUAGGUGAAAAAUUUAUGCCAAUGGCUCCAGAUGUCUAUAGCAGAGCUUACCGAAUUCUAUGCCAAUGCGUCGAACUCGAUGCAAGAUCUCAGCAGGACCCCACGGUUGUCGUCCCUGAAAAGGACUUCGUCAUUACAUCCGUGGAUAUGAUAGACGGUCUCGCUCAAGGUCUCGGAUCACAAUCUCAAAGCCUAUUGUUUCCUCAGGAGGGACGUGAUACAACCCUGUUGCAACUCUUACUACACUGCUUACAAGAUCCUGUCCAUGAAGUAAGACAGAGUGCAUUUGCACUACUCGGAGACAUUGCCUAUUUUUACGACCCAGCCAUCAUCUCAAGCCGCCUAGCCGAGUUUCUAAAACUUAUUGGAAGUGAAAUAAUGCACAAUGAUGAUCCAGAUGGAGAGCCUGCCUUGAUCAACGCCAUUUGGUGUCUGGGCCUCAUCGGCGAACGGUUAAAUAUAAGUCACUACAUCAUAGAUCUCUCCCGUGUGCUUCUCGACCUGUUUGUUAACCCUUCGCAAUCACUCGACCAAUCUGUCAGGGAGAAUCUCGCCAUCACGAUCGGUCGCCUAGCCAUUUCAUUGCCCGAAGUCUUCGCCUCGGGACCAUUUGCAUCAGAUGCCAUAUGGCGUAAAUGGUGCAUCGCCAUACAAGAUUUAGACUCUGUCGAGGAAAAGAGCAGCGCUUACAAUGGUUUCAUCAAGAUAGUAAAUUUGUCAAGCGACCAAGUCGAUAUAUCAAGUGAUACGCUAAAGAAAAUUGUAGAGGGUAUGUCCGUCAACGUAGACACAUCCCCCUUUGCACAGGACCUAUACGCUUUCCUGGUAAGAUACGCCACCAAAAUUCAGGCCCUCCAACUGACCCGAGAAGGUAUAGCCUUCCUUCAACAGUUGAGCAAUUAG